AUGCGCUUCUUCCUUGCUGACAGCCUCUGGCAUGACCUGAUGGCAACGCAGAAAAAGCUGAGGCAAGUGAAUCUGUGCUUUUUCGUGAUCGUUGCUUCUCACCUUCCAGUAAAACGGAAACGUGUGGUUCUCUCAAUCUUUGAUUUCAGUCACAAGGCCUGGAGGAACUUGUUGAAGAAGGAACGGAGGAAAAGGAAGCGCCGAGCGGCCGCACGAGAACGAGAUGCCCGCGCCCAGAGAGAAGAGGAGGCGAGACAGAGAAGUCCGGGGUAUUGGGUGAGGGAGGAGAUGAAGCGUGAAAAGGAAGAAGCGGAGUACGCCGCCGAGAGGAAGAGAACAGAGGAGCUCUGGCGGGAAGGCGAGCGGCUGUUUCUCCUUCGUUGUCGACAGGCGGAAGAAGAGAAGUGUAGAAUUAACACGGGGGAUGUAGAAGGAGAAGACACAAGAGAUCUUGAAGACGUCGGGGACUCGGAGACCACGGAGACGACGACGCAGAAGAAGGUGAAGAAAAUGGUGUCGAGGAUCAGGAAGUAUCCUUUAUCGCCGCUCUAUCCGUUCUCAUCCGCAUUCGUCGCCUACUUGAAGGCUUGUUGUCAGGCCGUCUGGCCCCUCGGUGCAACGGUCGAGCGCCAUGUAGACGUUACGGUUAGGUACCUGUCGGUCGGGAACGAUAAGGAGUUCCCAGCAGGCCACCGAGACUCGCGUGCUCUCUCGAUCGCACCGAUGCGAACCACACGAUUAACUUACAUCCUUCCGACGGGAACUGCACGGUUCGCUUGCAUCCUGUCCCCUGGUCAUUACUCGUUCGGCGAUCGAGCCUUGCACGUUCCAUCCGUAGCGAAAGCCUUCGCGAUGCGGAAGCGAUGCGAUCUCUGGCUUCAGUGCCAUCAAGUUAAACGACGUAAAUCGUCGACGCGAGAACGCCUCGGACGGGAGGAGAGCGAUCCAGAUCGGGCUUGGAAUCCUGAUGCCCCUCCCAUUCCGGAUGGAGUCCCGGAGGAGGAGAGGUUGAACCCUCGCGCCCUGCCGUGCCCUUUCUACGCCAAAGUCGGUGCUUGUCGUUUCGGCCUCCGCUGCUCGCGGUUCCACGAGAGGCCGGAAGAGAGCCGCACGCUCCUCUUCCGCAACAUGUAUACCCAUUGGAUGCUGGAGAAACCGCUUCGCAUGGACGAACAGGCGGAUUCCUCCCUCGAACACGAGCCUUCCGAUCUUCGAACUCACUUCGUAUCGGCAGAGAGAGGGAACGUCCCGUACCGUCCCCGCAGGGAAUUCUACCAAGACGUGGUGCCCGAAUUGAAGGGAGCAGGGAAGGUGGUGCAGGUGAAGGUGUGUUCCAACCAAGAGCCUCACCUUCGCGGGAACGUGUACGUCCAGUACCGAGGAGUCGAAGAGGCACACAGGGCCAUGACGCUGUUCACGGGCCGGUGGUACGGCGGGAAACAGCUCUUCCCCACUUUUGUCUCCAUCCCUUCAUGGAAGGCUGCCAUCUGUGGUAAUGAGGCUGUAUCGAAGAGGAACAUGUCCCAAGGGGAACUCGUGCAACUUCCUCCAUGUAUUCCCCAAUCCUGGAAGGGAGUUCCGGGAAGCAGACUGGGAUCGCACGAGAGAGGAAAGCGACGAGAAUCACGAGGAGAACCCUCCACGUUUGAGGAGAUCGAGGCGUCGACACGCCCGGUCCAAGUCGCCCUCGUCCAGGAGGAGGUCUCGCUCUCGGUCGACGAGGGAUUCUCGUUGUCGGCAGUCUGCAUCCAGAAGGAGGAGAAGGAGCAGAUCGUCUUCCUCAUCCGCAUCCAGGAAGCCCUUACAUUCGAAGAGAUCUCAUCACAGAUCGUGAAAUCAUUCCACAUCAUCAAGAUCAAUUCUUACAUUCAUCCAGCUUUGUAA